AUGCUCUACCUCACCUCGGAUAACUUUCCUAUAUGUGAGUGGUCGGAUUCACCGUUUCUCGCUGUUUUCCGCGAUGACCAACAACCGUUCGUCGUCGACGACCUUUCCUUCAGCUUUUAUCGCUAUCUGUGGUAUCUCAUCCGUAUCGCGGCCUCUCUCACCUACCGACCCGUUCCACUUCCUGAACGUCCCACCUAUGUUGCCGAGGAAGAUGUCACCAUCAUCGUACCCACUAUCGAUGCCGGGGAAGAAUUCAAAGAGGCCGCUCGUAGUUGGCUCGUCGGAAAACCCAAGGAAAUUCUGAUCGUCACAGAGGAGAAGAUGCGAGGACCAUUACAAGAGCUAGCGAAUGCUGUAGAUCCCGAAAGGAUACGCGUCUUAACCGUACCGUUCGCGAACAAACGCCUUCAAAUGACCCACGGAAUCAAAAAUACCACGACGGAUAUCAUCGUUUUUGCGGAUGAUGAUGCUAUUUGGCCUCCAAUGCUGUUGCCAUACGUGUUGGCGUGUUUCGAGGACCAGAAGGUUGGUGGGGUUGGGACUAGUCAGCGGGUAAAGGCUGUGGGUGACCAUAUGACGGUUUGGGAGGUUCUCGCGGCAUUUCGAUUGACGAUUCGAAAUAUCGAGAUUAGUGCUUCGACUCAUAUUGACGGUGGUAUACCCUGUCUUUCUGGUCGUACUGCUGCGUACCGUACGGUCAUUCUCAAGGACCCCGAAUUCCUACGUGGGUUUACCCAUGACUAUUGGUUGGACAAGUAUCAGCUCAAUUCGGGCGAUGACAAGUUUCUGACGCGGUGGAUGGUUAGUCAUGGCUGGAGCACGUAUGUGCAGUGCUGCAAGGAGGCAGAGUUAUUGAGUACGAUGAAGCCGAAUUGGAGGUUCUUGAAGCAAGUCCUUCGAUGGACGCGUAAUACUUGGCGUUCGGAUUUGAGGAGCUUGUUUAUGGAAAGGCAUAUUUGGGUAGCACACCCUUACGUUGCCUAUACUAUGGUCGACAAGCUGUUCAACCCUUUCACGUUAUUAGCUGGCCCCUGCUUGGUGGUAUACUUAAUAGCAAAAAGUACGAAAGCUGUCAUAGAUGGAGGAUACCAUCUACCAUGGUGGAACAUCAUCUUGUCGUACAUUGUAUGGCUCUUCAUCACACGUACUGCGAAGCUCCUGCCACAUCUAUUAAGACGACCCCAAGACAUUAUCUACAUGCCUGCAUUUAUCCUGUUUGGAUAUUACUUCGCGGUCAUGAAGCUCUACGCGUUAUGCACUUUACAUGAGACCGGAUGGGGGACUCGAGCAGGUAUUGGCGAUGCAUCGGUGGCAACGGCUGCUUUAGAGAAACAGAAUGCAGAAGCUGAAAUUGAUGAGAAGUUGGGACUCCACCUCCACCACCACCGACGGUGUUCUGCCGUUGCUGCUACUACUCCUCCUAUGAUGCAGCAGUAUGACCAAACGCGUGUGGUAGCGGCGUCGAUACCCACCUUCCAAUUAAACUCCACGCCUAUACCACCUGUCGUGGAAAGGCAUCCUGAUCGCGAACCUAGCCGGUCAAACACGUUCGGGAGUGAUAGCCUUGGGAGUGGAGUUGGAAGCCGAUCUGGGAAUUACCGGAGGUAUAGCGGAGGUGUUGGUGAUGGAACGUUUAGGAGGAGGGACGGCGGUGCAGAGAACGUUGAUUUGGAGGCUGGAAAGGGGGUCGGAUACAUGCACUGAGAGAAGAACAUCUGAAAAGGGGGGAUCGAGACUAGCUUUCGAGCUCUUGAUCUGCUUGCUUACUUUGUUUGUUUCCCUCGCUAUAUUCGGGAUACUCCCACCUCGAGGUGGCCCACGCGGGUUUUGUGAGGGUUGGGCGUUGUCUCUUCCGCGAAAGCAUCAACAUUUCUAUACAUUCCUUCAAAUUCUCUUUCAUCUUAUCACUUAUCACCUCUCCCACCCUCGCUUUUUUUUCUUGUUGUCUUGUUUGGUUUAUUGCCCCACAUCCCGCAAUACUGCUUGCUUAUAUUAUACUUAUCCCAAAAGUAAUCUUCUAUAUCGGCUGACACUCCACACUCUGCUUUCUUGUAGUUGCUUCAAUCCUAGAUAUACUGGUACCACGGACUUGUUAUAGACACUUAUUUUGGCAUAUACCAAAG